CACCUUUUUCUCUCUCUCUUUUCCCCCCCUCUUUCCUCACCCUUUCUUCUUUCUCUUUCUCGCACAACAAAUAUCUAAAACUCCAUAGCCCUAAAUCGGAGCUCCAAGCUCAGGGAAGAGAGAGAAAGGGAUAUUUUUCUAGGUCAAAAUUCGAAUAAAAUGGACCAGAUUAUCAAUAAGGUCGGAUCUUACUGGUUAGGUCAAAAAGCUAACAAGGAGUUCAAUUCCGUCGGCGAUGACAUUAAUUCAGUGGGAAGCAGCAUUGGAGAUGGCACGAAAUGGUUAGUCAACAAACUCAAAGGGAAGAUGCAAAAGCCAUUACCCGAGCUAUUGCAGGAGUAUGAUUUGGCAGCGGGUAUCUUCCCAAGGGAUGCCACCCACUACGAGUUUGAUGAAAGAACGGGAAAACUUACUGUAUAUGUACCACAAAUCUGUGAAGUUGGCUACAAGGACUCGUCGGUUUUACGAUUUUCUACCACUGUGAUUGGAUUUCUUGAAAAAGGGAAGUUGUCCGAUAUAGAGGGGUUGAAGACAAAGGUAAUGAUCUGGGUAAAAGUGACUGCCAUUACUUCUGAAGGUCCGAAGCUCCAUUUUACGGUUGGGGUGAAGAAAACCCGAAGCAAGGAGGCUUAUCAGGUUCUUCGCGAUGGAGUAGGUGUAGACAAGUUCUAACCUGAGCCCAAAAAUUUUAUAUAUAAUGUAAGAUUUGCGUUGUAUCUUAAUCCACUGUAAUGUGAUUUUGAGUGCCUCUAAAUGUAAUUUAUACUAGCAAUUCGGUAUCUAAGACUGAAAUGUGCCUA